AGGUUUCGUGUGAAAAGCUGUCAAAAGUAGAAAAAUCGCAUGUAAAUUGUGUCUUCAUAGUGCAGAUGCAGUUAAUUUCCUUAUUUUUGCUUAUUUCAAACAGUUUUAAGACAGAAAGUGCGUCUCUAUCAUAAAUUUGAAACAGUUUAAUUGCUACUUUCACCGCUCUUUUAUGCGAUUGAGGUUAUGAUUCGGUUAGGAUUGGCGACGUAAACAAAACUUUUAUUGCGGGAAUUCCACUCCCAUUCUAUAGAGACUAAUUAGCACCAUGGUGCGUGACGGUCAGCAUGUUACUUCGAUCCGAAUCGUUAGUGUGGACCAUUAUAUGCAUAAGCCGGAACCUCGGUUCGACACACAUUACUCAGAAUUCCGUGGAUCCGAGGUGAAGCAAGUGCCGGUCAUUCGGUUGUUUGGUUCCACGAAUGAUGGCACUCACAGCUGUGUACACAUCCAUGGAGUGUUUCCGUACUUGUACGUGCCGUACGAUGGCAGCACCACGGAUCAAAUAGCGGUAGACCGCCUCAUGUAUCAGCUCGCUGCCAGCUUGGAUAAGGCCAUCAAUGUUUCUCUUGGGAAUGCCAACUCUACGGCGACGCACGUCUUGCGGAUCGCGUUGGUAAAAGGAAUUCCAAUCUACGGCUACCACCGGAAGGAGCAUCAUUUUUUCAAAAUCUACAUGUACAAUCCGUAUUUGAUACGAAAAGCCAACAACUUAUUGAUGAAUGGUGUGAUAUUGUCGCGAGUGUUUCAAACAUUCGAAUCCCACGUUCCUUACAUAUUACAGUUUUUCAUUGAUUAUAAUCUCUACGGGAUGAGCUUUCUGAAUGUUCCAGAAAGUGCAAUUUGCCAGCGUUCUGUAACUGGCGACCACGAAACUUUGCAGAAAAUGUCCACCUCCGAGUAUGAGGUUGAUAUUUUGGCGGGGGAUAUUUUGAACCGUCACACAAUGGAACAGGAGAAAAGAUCGGAGUACGCUAAUCCGGGCAUCGCAUCGAUUUGGAACGAUGAGGUAGCUAGGCGAAGGUUGCUGAAAAUGGAACAACCAGAAGCGUUGCGGUUGACUCAGGAAAAGGGUUUGGAAACAGUGACUGAGAGUGAUCGUUUCUAUCGUUCGGUGUUGGCCACAAAGCUUGCAAGUGGAAACGAAACAAUAAUAAGCGAUGCAAAUCGUGUAAAGCCACCAGUUUCAUUUUAUCCUUCUGAAGUUUCGGAUGAGGAGCGAUUGUUGGACGCCUCCUGUGUCCAGGAUCAUAAAAAUUUCAGUCAUUAUACAUCGUUGAAUCUAUCGAACACGGCUUACGAGUUUGAUGCGAGUCAGGUAGAUGAAGAUCGUAUUGUGAGCAUGUCGCAAAAUCCGGAUGCAACGUUCGCUGAAGAAGACCAUCAAUUGUUGGACAUUAUGAAAGAAUUGGAAGAAAAUGAAAAGCAUGACGUAGAAGGAGACAGUCUUUUGGCUCCCCUAACUCAGCAGACUGAUCGGAAAAUUCUGUCGACUGGCGGAAGUGGUUUGAGCUUGUCUCAAUCGAGUAACAAGAGACUGAACGCUACGUUAAGUGGCGACCUUGAAAUGCUUUCAUUGAUCGAUGGAAACAAAAAUGAAGUAGAGGAAGCACGAGAUCAACAUUUGGAAAACGAGACAUUGGAUUCAGAUGAUGAAUUCCUUUUGGAUUAUACUAUGAAAAUGGAUGCAAGGGCAGAGGAGAACUUGCUGAAUGAUAGCGACGAUGACAUACUCAACCUCAGUUCUAUUCCUCAGCUGGAUGGCGCUGAUGACAGACAGCUCCCCGCGGCGAGAAGUAAACGAACGAAUCAAUUAAGAUCUCCAUCCCAAAUGCAAUGCAAUGGUAUAACUGUUAACGGACAUGAUGAACCAAUGGUUAAACGUUUAAAGCAUGUAUUGGUAUCCAAGCUUCCAAGUGACAUUGAAAACGGCGAAAAACCUCUGACGAAUGGCAAUAUUCACGCAGAAAAGCUAGGGAUGAAGCCUAGAAAAAAGUUCAAAUUGGACCAGGCGAUUAGUCCGGAAUUGGUUGUCCUCAAUGGUGUAACAAAUGGAAAGCAUGAGAAGUUUGAAUUGAUGUCAGCUAACGGCAGCCAACAAGCGGAAAACGGCAAUGUUCCACGUCUUACGAUGCCUAAAUUAAAAACAUUGAAAGUCAAGCUCUCAAUGGUCGAUAUAUCAGGGUAUCGUCUCCCGUCGCAAGAUUCGCCAGUAAAGCAACCACGCUCAACACCACUCAAAAAACGAGAUUCUUCGCCGUACGAUGUUUGUAGAUUGGCUCGCGAAUAUGACUUGGCCAACAACUAUGAUCCUCAGGAAGGACUGUCCCGCGGUCCCGUUCGCAGAGGCCGAAGUCGAGGUAGAGGACGUGGAAAUGGACGAAGGGGCCGACCUCCCAAAAAACAACCUGCUCCUGAGCCAGAGUCGGAGAGACAUCCAUCACCAUCUAUACCGGAACCAGAAAUAGACGUUAUUCUUUCGGAAAAGUUUCAAAACAUUAUCAAACUUUCUCCGAAAGUGCUGAUUACGGCUUUAAGUCAAAAAGAGGUAACAAACUUACAGACCCAAAAGGUUGACGAAAAACCAGGGAAUUUGAUUGAGAUUUCCAGCGAGUCGGAAGUGAUCGAGAUUACCGAUGAGGAAUCGCGUUCUUCUGGGGAACAAAAACGUCCCGUAGUUCAUGAAAUUGCACAGGAAGCAGCACUUAUUGCAGAUCGUUCACCGGUUUCGGUUAAAGGUCCUGUGGAGAAAUGUGAAAUCGAAGAGGAGGACGAUCUCAACAUCAAAAGUUUCUACGAGCAAACGCUCGUUUUCGACGAUUUCGAUGAGAUAGGAUCGGCGUCGGAUGGAAGUAUGAUGGAUUUCGAAUGCAAAGGUGAUAGUUCGAAAAUCAUAAGCACCCUGGAAGAAAAGCCACCAUCAGUAGAAGACGCUUUAAAGGCACUUCAGGAUUUUACUAUUCCGCAAUUGGUACAUCAAGAACCAUUUUAUAGCAAUCCCGCGGAUAUUACGGGGCGCAAAGAAGUGGGUCAUGUUGUACUCCACAUAGGAGGAAAUAGUUUGAACGAUUUGGAAGAAUUUCGAAGUGUAGUGGGUGAUCUCGGCUCGAUAAAUCAAUUUCGGCAUGAAAAACUAGGUUCCAUCUAUGGUGAAAGUUUGAAUGCAGUUCUGGGCGAAUUUCAACGUCCCGAUGCAGGUAAAAUGAGAGAACUACUAGCAACAGAGCAAGAAAUAGUAAUACAUCCGGUUGAAAAGGCACCGACAAAGCAUGAAGCUAAAGUUUGGCUUAAGGCAAUAGAAAAGAUAAAAUCUGAAGAAUUAAUGCCAGUGGAACAGGAUAGCCCAAUUAAAGUUAAGAAAAUGCAGGCCAUUAUGGUCGGCGAGGGAACUACUGAAUCGCACGAUGCACUAAGCAUCGAUCACGACAGCACCCUCAAUCUCAGUUCCUUAAUAAUCGAAGGUAGUCAAGCAGAUUCCAGUGGAAGAAAGUCUCUAGUUUCGAAAAUAUUGUCUAUGAAUACAAAAUCCUCACCGGGGAUGGAAAAGGAACACGAAAGUGCUUCACCAUCUGCCCUAAGCGCAAUGGAAUCCCUUGAAUUACUCAGCUAUAGUGCUCGAAGGAAGCGGCGCAAAAACAUGAGAGCUCGGCUAUCGCUGGGUGCUGCGUUCAAACGAUUCAGGGAUUCAAAGAUCCAGGAAGAACUGAAUCCUGCUACUAAGGAAGACGAAGAUUUCGACACAAUCACGCCAGGUCAAAGCACAAGCGCAUGUUUUGAGGUAGAGGAAGGGAUAGAUAUCGUAAAUUCUUCACAAUAUUUGGCCACUAGUCAAAAGUCUGACAACUCCGACAGCAGGACAUCCGAUCAAACAACGCUUCCACACACUGCCGAAAUCGCAUCAAUGGAGCAACGAUUACUCAAUGGGUCGCCUCUUCUGGCACCCGAUGUCACCCAACAGAUAGAAAACUCUGGGAACAUUUCCGCCACGACGCCUAACAACAACACCUACGGAUUCAAGGUCAACUACGAAAAUCUCAAGAAAGCUAAAUCAACGUGCGAGUAUAAUCACCUGACGAUCAUGUCCGUGGAAAUCCAUGUUCAAACAAGAGGUGACCUGCGACCAAACCCAGAAAUUGACCCGAUUUCCGCAAUCUUCUAUCGGAUUCACAACGAUGUGCCGGAGAACCAUCGCAGAGCGCCGUCCGUUUGUGGUAUAAUUUUGAAUCACGAACAUGGCUUGAAGGAAACUGACCAGAUGGAUCCUUAUAAGUAUAACAAAUGCAGCUACGUUGCAGAUGUGGUGAUCGUGGCUAACGAGAGGGAGUUGUACGAAAAGUUUUUGAUGCUGAUUUCGUUUUGGGAUCCAGAUAUCUUUGCUGGAUACGAAAUUGAGCAAGUUUCCUGGGGGUAUGUUAUACAACGGGGAUACACGUUGGAGAUGAACUUGAUGAAGAUGUUGUCGAGGAUUCCGACUGCGGAGAAGGUUCAAAUUUCCGAAGAGGAAGAACAAGAGUUGCUAGAAAUGCAUGAGUAUAGUGCAGGUUUGAAGAUCCCUGGAAGGAUAUUGUUGGACAUUUGGCGAUUGAUGAGACACGAAAUCGCGUUGACGUCAUACAGUUUUGAGAAUAUUGUAUACCAUAUUUUGCAUAGGAGAGUUUCGUGUCAUGCCUUCAAACAAUUGACGAGAUUGUGGAACAAACCGUACUCUAAGUGGAUCGUAUUGGAGUAUUAUCUGGAAAGAGUGAACGGUAAUCUUGAAUUGUUGCAUCAGUUAGAUUUGAUCGGCAGAACAGCUGAACUGGCGAAACUUUUUGGGAUUCAGUUCUACGAAGUGCUUUCCCGUGGUUCACAAUUUAGAGUGGAGAGUAUGAUGCUAAGGAUAGCAAAGCCAAGAAAUUUCGUUUCCGUUUCUCCGAGUAUACAGCAGCGAGCGCAUAUGAGGGCUCCAGAAUAUCUACCGCUGAUAUUGGAACCCGAAUCAAGAUUCUACGCCGACCCCUUGAUCGUGUUGGAUUUCCAAAGUUUAUAUCCCAGCAUGAUCAUUGCGUAUAAUUAUUGCUUUUCGACCUGCCUCGGAAGAGUGGAACAUUUGGGACAAUCCGAGCCUUUCGAGUUUGGUGCUUCCCAUCUCAGAUUAUCUCCUCGAAUGUUAAAAGUGCUAGUCGACAAGAAUCUAAUUACGUUUUCCCCCUGUGGAAUUGCGUUUGUCAAGUCUUCCGUGCGAGAAGGGAUCCUUCCCAGAAUGUUAAAUGAAAUUCUGACCACGCGACUGAUGGUGAAAGCUUCCAUGAAGUUGCAUAAGGAAAAUAGUAUACUCCAGCGGGUGCUUCAUUCGCGACAACUUGGUUUGAAACUGAUCGCCAAUGUUACCUAUGGCUAUACAGCGGCCAACUUCAGCGGUCGUAUGCCGUGCGUCGAGGUCGGUGAUAGCGUCGUAAGCAAAGGGCGUGAAACGUUAGAACGGGCCAUCAAGAUGGUCGAGAGCACAGAGCGUUGGGGGGCCAAAGUAGUGUACGGCGAUACGGAUUCUCUGUUUGUACUUUGUCCAGGCCGGAGCAAGGAUGAUGCUUUCAAAAUUGGUGCGGAAAUAGCUGAUGCGGUGACUAAGGAUAACCCUCCUCCGGUAAAGCUUAAACUGGAAAAAGUUUAUCAGCCGUCGAUUUUGCAGACCAAAAAACGUUACGUGGGUUACAUGUACGAAACUCCGGACCAGGAGAAACCGGUGUACGAAGCGAAGGGAAUUGAAACAGUUCGCCGAGAUGGCUGCCCAGUGGUGGCUAAAAUGCUUGAAAAAAUCCUAAGGAUCCUAUUCGAAACGCGGGACGUUUCGAAAGUAAAAGAAUAUACCUGCCGACAGUUUUCCAAAAUUCUAGAAGGACGGGUUAAUUUGCAAGAUUUUGUUUUUGCUAAAGAGUUCCGCGGUGAAGAUGGGUACAAACCUGGAGCUUGCGUACCAGCAUUGGAGCUAACGCGCCGUUGGAAAAUUGUAGAUCCCCGGCGAGAACCACGACGAGGUGAACGUGUUCCGUAUGUGAUAAUAAGCGGUCCACCACUGUUACCGUUGAUUCGGCUAGUGAGAAGCCCUGAUGAGCUGCUGGCAGAUAAUGGGUUGAAAAUCAACUCUAGUUAUUAUAUAGGAAAAGCGAUUAUUCCACCUCUAAAUCGAUGUCUGCUUCUGAUUGGUGCGGAUGUCAACCAGUGGUACAAUGACAUGCCACGGAAGUACCAAAUACUACAUAAUACCGGUGGAAUGAGUGCGUCACUGGCAAGCGAAUUACAGUUACCCAAAAAGAGUACAAUUUCGCAGUACUUUUCUACUACUAGUUGCAUCGGAGACUGUGGCAAUCAGACCCACGGUGGAGUCUGCAAGGAAUGCCUUAAGAAUCCGCAAAAAACAGUUACUUUUGUGAUGAAUAAGAUAAAUCGGCUAGAGAGACGUGUUGAUCUUUGCGAAAAGAUGUGUAAAUCCUGUUGUCGGAGAAACUUUGAAACGACCUGCAUUUCACUGGACUGUCCAGUAUUGUUCGUACUAAACCAACGCACUCGAGAACAUGCACAGGUUCAGUACUAUCGUGAUCUUCUACAGCAAAUGUUCUAAGGUUAGUAGUUAAAUGCAUUUUUUUAUUAGUUCCUCUACUAGACAUUUUAUUUAUUCUACAUCUAACUGAAUUCCAUUACAAUAAAUCAUCUAUCAGAAACA